CGUAGCGGAAGUUGCCCAAGUGGGAGGGUCGGGAGAGACAGGGCCAGCCUGCGAGCCAGGCGCCUCCCGUAGUCUGCUUGGCGAGGCGUCCGCGGCGGCCGUCGGCGGCUUGGGUAGGGGCGGACCGAAGAGUCGCCUGUGAGGCUCAUCAGUGUGACAGCACGGAACGAUGGAUCAAGCCAGAUCGGCGUUCUCUAACUUGUUUGGUGGAGCACCAUUGUCAUAUACCCGAUUUAGUCUGGCUCGGCAAGUAGAUGGCGAUAACAGUCAUGUGGAGAUGAAACUAGCUGUAGAUGAAGAAGAAAAUGUUGACAAUAACGUGAGAAGUAAUCACGCCAGCCUCACAAAACCAAAAAGGUUUAAUGGAUCUUUCUGCUAUGCUGUUAUUGCUGUAAUCAUCUUUUUCUUGAUUGGAUUUAUGAUUGGCUACUUGGGCUAUUGUAAACGUGUUGAACCAAAAUCUGAAUGUGGCAGAUCAGGGGACUCCAAGGAGAUAGAGGGAACAGAACCACCAGAAACGGAAGAGUACUUCCCUGAAACACCGUCUCGCUUACUUUGGACAGACCUAAGGACGAUGUUGUCAGAGAGACUGACUGCCACAGAAUUCACCAACACCAUCAAGCGGCUGAAUGGAAAUUCUUAUGUCCCUCGCGAGGCUGGAUCUCAAAAAGAUGAAAGCCUGGCUUUUUUCAUUGAGAAUCAAUUCCGUGAAUUUAAGCUCAACAAAGUGUGGCGUGAUGAGCAUUUUGUUAAGAUUCAGGUCAAAGGCAGCAAUGCUCAGAGCUCGGUGACCGUAGUGAACGGGAGUGGUGACAUGAUAUCCCUGGUGGAGAAUCCCACUGGUUACGUGGCGUAUAGUAAGGCCACAACAGUUACUGGUAAACUGGUCCAUGCUAACUUUGGCACUAAAGAAGACUAUGAGGCUUUAAGCUAUCCCGUGAAUGGAUCUUUAGUGAUUGUUAGAGCAGGGGAAAUCACUUUUGCUCAAAAGGUUGCAAAUGCUGAAAGUUUAAAUGCAGUUGGUGUCUUGAUAUACAUGGACCAGGCUAAAUUUCCCAUUGUCAAUGCAAAUCUUCCAGUCUUUGGACAUGCUCAUCUGGGAACCGGUGACCCUUAUACACCAGGAUUCCCUUCUUUCAAUCACACACAGUUUCCACCAUCUCAGUCAUCAGGAUUGCCUAAUAUACCUGUCCAAACAAUUUCCAGAGCCGCUGCAGAAGCGCUGUUUGCAAACAUGAAAGGAGACUGUCCUUCUUCUUGGAAAACAGACUCUUCGUGUCGGCUGGAAUUCCCAGGGGAUAAGAAUGUGAAGCUCACAGUGAACAAUGAGCUGAAAGAGAUAAGAAUUUUUAACGUCUUUGGAGUUAUUAAAGGCUUUGAAGAACCAGAUCGCUAUGUUGUAAUAGGGGCCCAAAGGGAUGCCUGGGGUCCUGGAGCUGCAAAGUCCAGUGUAGGAACAGCUCUCCUAUUGGAACUUGCCCGGAUAUUCUCUGAUAUGGUCUCAAAAGGUGGGUUUAAACCCAGCAGAAGCAUUGUCUUUGCCAGCUGGGGUGCUGGAGACUUCGGAGCUAUUGGUGCCACUGAAUGGCUGGAGGGAUACCUUUCCUCCUUGCAUUUAAAGGCUUUCACUUACAUUAAUCUGGAUAAAGCUGUUCUUGGUGCCAAGAACUUCAAGGUUUCUGCCAGCCCACUGCUGUAUUCACUUAUUGAGAAAACGAUGCAAGAAGUGAAACAUCCAGUUACUGGGUUGUCUCUGUAUCGGGACAGCAACUGGAUCAACAAAGUCGAGAAACUUUCCUUUGAUAAUGCUGCAUUCCCUUUCCUUGCAUAUUCUGGAAUCCCAGCAUUGUCUUUCUGUUUUUGUGAGGACACGGAGUAUCCUUACUUGGGUACUACCAUGGAUACCUAUGAGGUACUGAGUCAGAACGUUCCCGAGUUGAGCAGACUGACACGUGCAGCAGCAGAAGUAGCUGGUCAGCUCCUAAUUAAACUUAGCUACGAUGUUGAAUUGAACCUGAACUAUGAUAUGUAUAAUGACAAAAUACUUUCAUUUGUGAAGGACAUGAACCAAUUCAGAGCAGACAUAAAGGAGAUGGGUCUGAAUCUACAGUGGCUAUAUUCUGCUCGUGGAGACUUUUUCCGUGCUACAUCCAGACUAACAACAGAUUAUAAGAAUGCGGAGAGAGCAAACAGAGUUGUCAUGAGGGAAAUCAACGACCGUAUCAUGAAAGUGGAAUAUCACUUCCUCUCUCCCUAUGUGUCUCCGAGAGAGUCUCCUUUCCGGCAUAUCUUCUGGGGCUCUGGCUCUCACACUCUGUCGGCUUUGCUAGAGCACUUGAAGCUGCGUCAGAAAAACAGUGGUGCUUUCAAUGAAACUCUGUUGAGAAACCAGUUGGCUCUAGCAACUUGGACUAUUCAGGGAGCUGCAAAUGCCCUCUCCGGCGACAUUUGGGACAUUGACAAUGAGUUUUAAAUGUGAUACCCAUAACUUAUGUGAGAAUAUCAGGGUAGUGUGGUUUUUAGACUUGUGCUGGUUGUGCAACAUUUUUCAGUAGGGGCUAUUCAACCUAAUGUUGUUAAAAUUCUACCCAGUCAUCUUGGUACUCCUAUAUGUUUUUAGGCAGCAGCUUUUAAUACAGGGUAGGUACCUGCACUUCAAGUUAAAGUGAAUAACCACUUUAAGAUGUUCAUCGUACAAUAUUUUCUCUGAUCGUCUCUAGAAUUUUAAGUGUUUUGUAAUGGUAACGGCCUCUUUCCUGUUAAAGUUAUGAAAAAGUCAGAGCCAGUGGCGUGAACCAUUGCUCCAAGUCCUGAGGAUGUGAACUGGCAUCUCAUGAGCGGGAGGAGGGAGGCAGUAACUGCUGAAGGUUGAGUGUUGGCUCCCUGUGAUCCUCCACCCUCAUUUGACGCUCGAUAGGAGAUAGCAGGUUGUAAGACCUGAUUCUCCAAGUGAGAUGUAUUCCUUCCUUUAAGGAUUUAGCUGGUUUCCACGUUCCUGCGUGAAACAGUUAACUUUCAGAAGAGAUGGGACUUGUGUUCUUGCCAGUGAGGUAUGAAAUAGAGGUCCUUCAGCUGGAUAAAUUGAGGUUCAACUGUUUAUCGCAGGAGUAAGGCCUUAAUAUGUUAACUUCAAGAUUGUUUAUGAAAAGAGGAGACCAGAAGCCAAAGACUUAGUAUAUUUUCUUUUUCUCUGUCCCCUGCCCCAUAAGCCUUUGUUUAGUUUUUUAUUGUUUUCUUUUUUUCCAAAGUAUUUUGAAAUAACCAGUUUUAGGUGUUUAAUUUCAAACUCAGUUUGUUGGACUUUAAAGAACACACUGCCAAAUUUUGGCCAAAGUGUUAAUUUUUUGGAAAAGCUUUCUAUCAUUUUGGCACUGAGAUAUUUAUUGUUUAUUUAUCAGUGACAGAGUUCACUAUAAAUGGUGUUUUUUUUAUAGAAGAUAAUUAUCGGAAGCAGUGCCUUCCAUAAUUAUGACAGUUAUACUGUCGUUUUUUUUUAAUAAAAGCAGCAUCUGCUAAUAAAACCCAACAGAUACUGGAAGUUUUGCAUUUAUGGUCAACACUUGAGGGUUUUAGAAAACAGCCGCAAGCUAAAUAAAAUUAUAAAGCUCUAAGCGUUGGAGAAGAUUAAAUUUAAUUAGGGGUUGCUAAUCAAGUUAGACUUCUGUUUACCCAACCAGAUAAAAAUGGCAGUUCUCCUAAAUGCAAUGAAUUGUGAUCAAGUUAUAAAUUAAUGUCACUUACAGGCUGUGAUAAUACCCAUAUGUGUUACAGCUCAAUUUAUCCAAGGUGUAACUAAUUCAAAUUUUGCAAAAUUUCCAGUACCUUUGUCACAAACCUAACUCACAUUAUCGGGAGCAGUGUCUUCCAUAAUGUAUAAAGAACAAGGUAGUUUUUGCCUACCACAGUGUCUAUAUCGGAGACAGUGAUCUCCAUAUGUUACACUAAGGGUGUACAUAAUUAUCGGGAACAGUGUUUCCCAUAAUUUUCUUCAUGCAAUGACAUCUUCAAAGCUUGAAGAUCGUUAGUAUCUAACAUGUAUUCCCAGCUCCCUAUAAUUCUCUUAUCUUUUAGUUUUAGUUGCAGAAACAUUUUGUGGUCAAUAGCAUUUGGUGGGUAAAUUCUAGCACUCUAAGAUAAAAUUACUUCCUUCAAGAUUCUUUGUUCUGAAACCUAACGCAGUGUUUGUUAUAUUUGUGGUUUCUCUGGGUCUUCUGUUUAGCAGGAUAGUAGCAUACAUUUAUAAUGUUUGCUCUUGGCAAAUGAAUUUAACUUUAUCCCUUUAUUUGCAUGUUAGCUCCUAUAAACUUAGUUCAUACAAGUUUAAAUCCAAAAUUGACCUUUUAGCUUAAAGCAGGGGAAACUUGUAUAGGAGGCUUGCGGGGAGGGGGGAGCGAGGGGUGUAGGGAGGUGAAGCUUGCCACAGGAUCUUUGAUCAUGUCUACCUACCCGUUAGUAUAUGGUGAUCGUAAGUUUAAAUGUAGCUGUGAACAAAUAAGUUUGAGGCUACAGGAGUAAAGACUUUAUUUUCUAGUACUUAGUGUUACUUACCUAAAUUAAAAUAGAUCUAGGUUAUUACAGCCUCACUGAAUUGUUUCACUACUGUCUCUUUAGUCUUCACAGUGUUUUAUCUUGAACUGAUGUUGAGUGCAGCUAAGUGAUCAGUUCAUAGCUGGGAUUCCUAGUUUGGGCAUCUUGCUUCAUCAUACUUUAAUGAAAGCUGAAUGACUUCAAGGCAUAGUAUGAAUAACAGGCAUAUAUUUUACAGCAGUAAAUCUCUAAAAACUCUUUUCUGUGGUCAGGGUUGAGUGAUUAACAAUCAGACGACCCAGUAAAUGGUAAGAGGCUUAUAUUCCUGAAUGAAAUGUAUAGCUCACUAGUGACAACCUGCUAGUCUUCAGAUUUUUUCUGCCUAUAGAUAUCAUGUGCAUUUUGAAGGUAAAGGAUAAAAUGAGUGAGCUCUGUCAUGAUUCACUAUUCUAGAACUUGCAUGACCUUUACUGUGUUUCCUCUUAAAUUUUAGUUGGCUAGAGAUGGCUUAUUAGACCUGCCAUCGUACGGCUCAGCUGUAUCUUUAUAAACAAGUGAUAUGCCCUUAUAGUUGUAUACAAUCUGGUAUGUGUAACAUUGUGGAGAUUUCUUAUCUGAUUUAAUAAAGUGCUUGAACACUGA